AUGUCGACUUUUGAAUCUCUGGUAUCAGACCUGACUCGCGACGUCCAACGCGUUCAACCGAAAGACGCUCUUCAGUUUUGUGCGAAUUGGUUUCAAUCGAGGUUGGAGGAACAGAGAACGUUAACUCGAGAUACUCUUCAUCGACAUACAAGAGAUAUACACGUGUCGAGCGACCUCUACAUCGAUAUUCCUAUGGGUGGUGGUGGUCACCCAUCUCGAACAACUCCCGUUCCAGUCUCGCCUUUUAGUACGCCAGGACCAGGACCGGGGCUAGGACUAGGACAUCCAUCACCUAUUUCACCUUUUGCUCAACCUCAACCACAACAACAUCGAUCUUCACUUCGGAACAGCACGACCUCUCACAGCCCCUUUGGGACACUGAAUGUUGCAGGGAAUGCCCUGUUACCAGACGAUCACGCGAUGCAGACUCCACCUGUGUUCAAAAUUGAUGGAAGAGAUCUACCACCUACCUCGCCGCUCACGACAUCUCCCAGCGCCAACCCGUUCGAUUACGACCAACAACAGUUGGCUCCACCUGCUCCAGGGGACUAUCUCCACCCACCCACGUCGGCUAUAUUUGCAAGAAGAACGUCUGUUUCUGCUGAAUCCAUCCUGGUUGAUGGACUCGAGAACCAAACGCUACCCGUUUUCCCCAAGACUCCGGAUCAGUUGCGGAGAAUUAAAGCGAGCAUCAGGAAUAAUUUCAUUUUUAGGGAUUUGGACGAGGAACAAGAAACGGGAGUGUUGAACGCGAUGCAGGAGAAGACGACGGUGAAAGAUGAAGUGGUGAUUCGACAGGGGGAUGUUGGGGAUUAUUUCUAUGUGGUUGAGAGUGGGUAUUUGGAAUGUUUCAUCAGGACAGGUCCUCUGCCACCUACAUGGGGAUCUGGGACAUCACCUUCUGCGUCGCCGAAGAUUCAAGAACAAAAGUUUUUGGCACCGGGACAUCAUCCCGAGUUUGGGAAAAAAGUGGCGGAGUGUAAAGAGGGGAAUUCGUUUGGAGAGUUGGCAUUGAUGUAUGGACAUCCGAGAGCAGCUACAGUGCUUUCGAUUGAGCCGUCAACGUUGUGGGCUCUGGACCGGAUUACAUUUAGGACGAUCAUUUUGAAAGCUGCGCACCGUCGGAGGACGAUGUAUGAGCACUUUUUGUCCACGGUUCCGUUGUUGGCGAGUUUGGAGGGUGCAGAAAAGAGUAAGAUUGCGGAUGCGUUGGUGAGUCGGGUGUAUGUGGAUGGUGAAGCUGUUGUGAAACAAGGAGAGAUGGGAGACAAUUUCUUUUUCGUUGAGGAAGGAGAGGCUGCUGUGACGAAAAUGGAUGGACAGGGACAGGAGAUUAUCGUUGGAACACUGCGAAAGGGAGAUUAUUUCGGAGAAUUGUCACUGCUGCGAAUGGAACCGCGAGCAGCGACGGUUAGUGCGGUGCAUCGUAUAGAAGGGACACAAGCGAAACUGAAAGUGGCGGCACUGGAUGCACCUGCGUUUACGCGAUUGUUGGGACCGUUGAGAGAAAUCAUGGAAAGGCAAGCUGGCGAGAACUAUAGGCGAUAA